AUGUUGUCCGCACCCAUCAGUCUCCCUACCGUUUUCGCCGGCGCUGCCGUUAUCUUCCUAUUCGCUCUCGCCCUAUACCCUUCCUCAUUGUUGCGCUGGUUCCAGCGCAAGCGCUACCAAUACGAAGUCACAUUUUCGCUGUACAUGCUGACCCCCACCGAGAAGUUCAUCUUCAAGCCCGCCCGUNNAGACUCCAUCCUCUUCCUCUUCCUAGCCAUGGUCUCGAUCGCCGUCGCGUUAUACCUGCCCCGUCAUGUCAGAAUCAUUGCACACCGUGCUUAUUACUACGUCUCGGGAGACCUGGUGAAGAAUGGCACAACCAGUGGCGUCUUGGGCACGACGGCCGACAUCUUGACGCCCACUACUGUUGCUGAGGCUGCUGGCAGUGCUUGA